UACUCUGGGAGAAAGCACCCAGGAAGUUUGGGAAGUUAAAGAAAGUAGAGGAACCAGAUUUGGAGAAUUUUGUUCGUAAAAGAUGGAUAAAGAGAACAAUUCCCCUUGGGAAAUGGGGUUGCUGAGAACAUUUGACUCCAAUGAAUUCAUUAGCUGGGAGAAGAUCGGUUCAGGGGGAUUUGGACAAGUUUACAAAGUACGACACAUUAACUGGAAAACAUGGCUAGCAAUCAAAUGUUCUCCAAGCCUUCAUGUAGAUGAGAAAGAGCGUAUGGAACUUUUGGAAGAAGCCAAGAAGAUGGAAAUGGCCAAGUUUCGCUACAUUUUGCCUGUUUAUGGCAUUUGCAGAGAACCUGUUGGAUUGGUCAUGGAAUAUAUGGAAACUGGAUCACUAGAGAAAUUACUGGCCUCGGAACCUUUACCAUGGGAACUCCGUUUUCGGAUCAUCCAUGAGACAGCAGUAGGCAUGAAUUUCCUGCAUUGCAUGUCUCCACCACUCCUUCACUUGGAUCUCAAACCUGCAAACAUAUUAUUAGAUGCACAUUACCAUGUCAAGAUUUCAGAUUUUGGAUUAGCUAAAUGUCAUGGCCUGUCUCAUUCCCAGGAUCUCAGUAUUGAUGGACUUUUUGGUACAAUUGCUUAUUUACCUCCAGAACGUAUAAAAGAGAAGAGCAGAUUCUUUGAUAUCAAACAUGAUGUAUACAGUUUUGCCAUUGUUAUCUGGGGAGUCCUUACACAGAAAAAACCCUUUGCAGAUGAGAAAAACAUUCUGCAUAUUAUGGUAAAAGUAGUAAAAGGCCAUCGCCUGGAGCUACCCCCGAUUUCCAAAUCUAGACCUCGUGCCUGUAAUAACUUGAUUAGACUUAUGCAGAAAUGCUGGCAGGAUGAUCCCCAAAGUCGGCCAAGUUUUCAAGAAAUUACUGCUGAAACUGAAGACUUGUGUGAAAAACCUGAUGAUGAAAUAAAAGAAACAGUCCAAGAUUUGGAUAUGAAAAAUCCCCAGGAGCUAAAAACUGAGGCAAUGUCUAUCCCAGAUCAAUUUAAGGGUGCAUCUGUACCAACGUUUGAUAAAGACUACAGUCUUUCAGAAUUACUGUCUCAGUUGGAUUCUGGAAUUUCUCAGACUAUAAAACACGCAGAAGAAUUGAGCCGUAGCUCCUCUGAAUCUAAACUUGCAUCUUCUAGUAGUGGCAAAAGACUUUCUGGUAUAUCUUCAGUGGAUUCAGCUUUUUCUUCCAGAGGAUCCCUAUCUCUCUCUUUCGAACGAGAGAAUUCAACAAGUGAUAUUAGCACAACCGAUAUUCAGAAGAGAAAGCUUGCAGAAGCAAUCAUGUCUGGUGAUACUGGGAAGUUGAUGAAGAUCCUACAACCCCAGGAUGUAGACCUAGUCCUGGAUGGGAACUCCAGCCUCCUUCAUCUGGCAGUGGAAGCGGGCCAGGAGGAAUGUGUCAAGUGGCUCCUUCUGAAUAACGCCAACCCCAAUCUCACCAAGAGGGGCUCCACCCCUCUUCAUGUGGCCAUAGAAAAGAGAGUCAAGAAUGUUAUUGAACUCAUUUUGGCCAGGAAAAUAAAUGUCAAUGCCAAAGAUGAGGAUCAGUGGACAGCUCUGCACUUUGCUGCUCAAAAUGGGGAUGAAUCCAGCCUCAGGCUUCUGCUAGAUAAGAAUGCCUCCUUUAAUGAGGUGGAUUUUGAAGGGAGGACUCCUAUGCACAUUGCCUGUCAGCAUGGGCAAGAGAACAUUGUGCGCAUCCUUCUGAGGAGGGGUGUGGAUGUGACUCUCCAAGGAAAGGAUGAUUGGAUGCCUCUGCACUACGCUGCGUGGCAAGGCCACCUACCCAUCGUGAAGCUCCUUGCCAAACAGCCAGGGGUGAGUGUGAACGCGCAGACCCUGGACGGGAGGACCCCGCUGCACCUUGCAGCCCAGCGGGGCCAUUACCGCGUGGCACGGAUUCUCAUUGACCUGCAGUCAGAUGUCAACAUCCGCAAUCUGCUCUUGCAGACUCCCCUCCACAUCGCUGCGGAAACGGGGCACACGAGCACUUCAAGACUGCUUCUCCACCGGGGAGCUGAGAAGGAAGCCAUGACGGCAGAAGGCUAUACUGCCCUCCAUCUGGCUUCCCAAAACGGACACCUUGCCACCGCCAAGUUGUUGAUGGAAGAAAAAGCUGAUGUACUUGUUGGGGGGCCUCUCAACCAGACGGCCCUCCACCUUGCUGCUGCCAACGGGCAUUCUGAGGUGGUAGAGGAACUCCUUACUCCAGAAAACAUAAAUCUGUUUGAUGAAGAAGGGCAUACUGCCCUGCACUUGGCAGCUCGGGGCAGGCAUGCGAAGACUGUGGAGGUCUUGCUAAAGCAUGGGGCCCAUAUCAAUUUUCAAGGCCUCAAGUUUCAGACCAACCAACAAUUGGUGGAACAACGCGGGGAUGGUCCGAUUGCCACAUUGUUACGACGAAGUAAGACUUAGACUGUCCCUGAGUCUUUGUUUUGUCUUAACCUAGGCUGAAGAAGGCCCUUAUUUAGGGUUCUUGCCACAUUCUUUUGUUAGUAGAACAAGAGAAUGUUAAAUAGCUAUCCAGCUAUAAACAACUUGUCUCAGGAAUUCAGGUAUCCUUAGCCAAGGAUGGAUAUAAGAAAAUGAAAAGAGCAAUCAGCAUUGUCAUCAUUUUUUUUUUUUCAUUUGAAACUGUUCUUUGGGCGUGUGAUCUGUUACCAUGGAGAAGUUAACAGAGUUUUACUGAAAUAAUGUUAAUAGGUGUGUCUUUUGGCUCCUUAUGUUUAAGAUGAUCAGUGUGCUAUGUGUGAGAGACUAUGAGAGACUAUGUACCCGAAAGAUCAGACUUUCAGUUUCUACCAUGGUAUGUUUAUGAAACAUUGGUAAUAAAGUUACAUGCAGCAUUAAGAUGUUUAUUCUGAAAAGAUGAGUUCUCACAGAGUAUAGACAUGGGAUGAGGGAGGAAUGACGAUUGAUGUGAUAUCAAACUAUAUAAUUUUAAGAUAAAAUCUUGGAUAGGUUGAAAUAAGCCUCUCCGAGCCUUUGGUUUGUUAAAAGUUCUGGCAUACCAGUAUUCUAGCAAACUCUCUGAGUAUGAGUUACAGAAAAGGUACUGAUCUGAGGAAGCUUCCUCACCAAGAAAUUCCUUAUACUAAUGAAAUUAAGAGGUCAAGUACCUAUGUUUAUAACAUAUUGUAAAUAGUGGUUGAUAUUUUCUAAAAAUUUAAUGUCAGUUUCAGUAAGCAUGUAAUGAUAUGUUUUACAUUGUUUUUAACAUGAUGAAAGAAAAAAACUGAAAAAUUUAUAUUUUAUAAAAGUAGAGGAUAAUCAGUGAACUUCUUACUAUAUUGAGUCAAUAGUGUAAUGACUUAAAACAAGAAAAUCAGAAUUUACAGUCAAAUGAGCUGCCCUUCAAAGUUAGUCACUCUAGGCAAGGUUCCAUACAAUCCACAAAUACUUAAUCCAGUGAUAGUGACAUAAUAUAAAACAUUUGAAAAAUUAUUGUUUUCUUCAUUUACUUAAUUUUUUAAAAAUGAAAACAGUAUUAUCUGCUUUUGAACAUCCAUUUCCCCCAUCUUAUUUACUCCAAAUGAUUAUUGGUUAAAGGUUGUUUCAAAGCGAAAUUCUCAAAAUUGCAGCAUCCUAGGAAUAAUGUAAUCUUUCAUGAAAUAAUUCUUAUUUGGCUAUAUUUUUGAUAUUUGUUUAAAAGGCAAUCUAAUUUUUAAAAAUAAGCCUCAGAGAAAUUCUGUUAUAAUAAGACAAACAAGGUUAUUACAGGACUUGUCUCCGUGUGUAUUCAUCCUGCUUAGAAUGAACUGGUGUGCAAUGUAUUAAUAAAUGUUAAUAUACUAUGUAUACUUUUACUGGCUGUAUACAUAUUUUCUAUGAUAGGAAAUAUCUCAACUGUUUAGAACUGGCUAUGUUUUAAUAUGCCCCCUUCCUUUUUGUUUUUUUUUUAACAAUAAAGUUUAGAACUGCUUUA